GCCAUAUUUCUCCGCUCAACGCUAUUAGUUCCAAAAACGUCCCUCUCCGGCGAGUGAACCCGUGAACAGAAGUGAGCUGCAGCCCGCAUGGAGGAUUACGAAGCCUAGGGCGGUUUUGCUCGAUCCAUUCGCAAGAGAUUAGCUGUUCCCACUUUCGUCGGGGACCAUCCUGUUCUACCGGGAUGGGGGGAUUGGAAGGGAAAGGGAGGGGAGGAGGCGAAGUAGUUGCAGCAGCGAGAGGGACUGAAUCUGGAAGUCUAUGGCUGGCUCCGAAUCCGAGCAAGAGAUGGGGAGAACUCUUCUUUCUGUUCUAUACUCCGUUUUGGCUCACACUCUGUCUUGGAAUCAUCGUUCCUUACAAGCUUUACGAGAGCUUCACCGAGCUAGAAUAUUUACUUCUGGGAUUGGUUUCAGCGGCACCAACCUUUUUGAUACCACUGGUUUUUGUUGGUAAGGUGGAUAGCAGCAGAUGCUUGAGUAAUCGAUACUGGGUAAAGGCAAAUCUUUGGAUUAUUAUUUUUAGCUAUGUUGGGAACUACUUCUGGACUCACUAUUUUUUCACGGUACUUGGAGCAUCAUAUACUUUUCCGUCAUGGAAAAUGAACAAUUUUCCUUAUUAUGACUUCGUUGAUCGGGCGUCAAUGUACAAAGUUGGUUCGUUGUUUUAUGCUAUUUAUUUUGUGGUGAGCUUUCCCAUGUUUUCAAGGGUUGCUGAGAAAGAAGACGAUGGAUGGGAUCUGCAAAGAGUGGCUGUGGACGCAUUAGGUGCUGCCAUGCUGGUCACAAUAAUACUUGAUCUCUGGCGAAUUUCCUUGGGCUCCAUAGCUUCAACUUCUCAAUCAGUCCAUUGCGCCCAGUCUGGUCUCGCAUGGUUUCACGUACCUGGUGGUGACGUUCAGAACGGCAGCAUGUGAUGAUUGGUAAGGGUUUAGAUCUCUCUGCUUUUGGGAUUUGUUAAAUCAGACUCUGUUUCCGUCUCCUUUGUAGUUUGGUUUUUUUAUCAUGAACUGUGAUGUGCCCUGUGACAUAUUGGAGGCCGACAAGUGUGGCGGUAAGCUGUAUCUGGUGAAUUUUGUGUUUCAGUUUAUGUGGAUCAUUCGUGGUUGGUUUUUUUUU